GUUCGGAAUGACGGGAGGUAGCAGUAGGGGGAGAAGGCCGCGCGCACAGACGGAGCUGAUUAGCUACCAGUGUAUUUCUAAGAAUCAAGGUCGUCGAUUACUUCGUAUUACAGGACUGUCCUCUCCCAUCCCCCUUACCCCUUUUGUGAGAGAGAGAGAGCAUGGCUCAGGAGACCAAUCAGACGCAGGUGCCAAUGCUUUGCACUAUGGGCUGUGGUUUCUAUGGUAAUCCUCGCACCAACGGCAUGUGCUCGGUCUGCUACAAGGAACACCUGCAGAGGCAACAGGGAGGGGGGCGUUCCAGCCCUCCAGGUGAAAAAGCCGCUACAUCACCGGUGGGGUCUCCGGGAGCUUCAGGUGUGUCUGUGGAGAACAUUCCAGCACCUGUCACAGAAGGGCCAGCUCAGCCUGAAGAAAGGACGUCUAGUAGUUCGCCCAGCCCAGUAACCCAACAGAUGACCGCCAUGAGCAUCUCCCAGGACACUGCUGCCACUGAUUCGGACCGAGCCGACGUGGAGGAGGAAGAAGAUGAGGGCUCAUCUAAAUCGUCAGGACCUACUGGAGAAGCGGCGCAGGCUUCGUCUGAUGGUGACCAGACACCGGACAAAAACAAGAAGAAGAACCGCUGCUUUACCUGCCGGAAAAAAGUUGGCCUCACAGGCUUUGACUGUCGCUGUGGCAACCUGUUCUGCGCCAUCCACCGCUACUCUGACAAGCACGACUGUCCCUACGACUACCGAGGUGCCGCGGCCGCCCGCAUCCGCAAGGAGAACCCCAUCGUGGUGGCCGAGAAGAUCCAAAAGUUAUGAGGACUGAGAGACGUAGCGAAAUGACCGAAAUGAAAACAAACGAAACGUUUGACCUGCAAGUUUGGAGCAAUGGCGGCACAGAUAAUACCUGAUAAAAUGGCUUCAUUUAUUCAUGGUAGGAUACAAGGUGGGUGGGCUUUGCAGUGUUACAGCCCAGGUCCAGCCCUUCCCUUCACCGGUCUCUCCCUUUCUCUCCUGGUGUGGAGGCGUGAGUGACUGAACAUUUUGUGUGUGUGUGUAUGAGUGUGUGUGUGUGUGUGUGUGUUUGCUUGAGAGUCAGGGAGAGCACAGUCGGGUUUGGUGGACAGUAGUCUGCUUCGGGGAGGGAAGACAUUUAGAUUUUACCCUUUUUCUUUUUUUCCCUUUUUUAUUCUGGGAUGCCAGUUGAUUUUCAUGUUAUCCCUCGGCAGUAGAUGUAAGAGACUGGGAUCCGCGCAUGGACAGAGACUCGGGAGUUGGGUUUGGGUCAAGAGUACGUGCUAGGGGGUUGUGACAGGCCAGCAGGAGCUUGCUACUACGAUAGAGCCAGGCUUUACCAUGAUGCUUGCACUCGCAAGAACUCUCAAACAAGAAGCCUAUAUCCAGCAACUGUCACAUCAACCCCCUUCCCCUCUCUCUCUCUCCUUCUUUUUGCUUUCUUUUUUUGUUCAUUUAGUGAAUUAUUCAUUACCAUGUCAGAUAUCCCCAGCCUUUGCAUUUACAAAAACUGUUUGUCUUUGAUAUAUUGACUUAUCAUACAUCAUACUAAUGGGGGGGU